AUGCGUGCGAGUGGGUGGUUUAUUGUGUACGCGAUCGGAAGUGUACUGCUGGUGGCACUUUCCACCGCAGAUCCAGUGAUCGGUAGUGGAAGUGUCUUUGCUGCUACAAUAACACGUGCUCUGGUGCCUCCGAAACGUGAUGCCCUGCUGCUGGGUAAUCGGUACGGUACAGGACAGCCAGAAAUAAUAGUGAAUCGAGCUCCAGGCUCGCCAGCUCCGCCACAGCGUGACCAGGGAGCUGGCUCGUCGGGGUACAACUAUGAUGCACCGGCUGCCGGAUAUCUUCCCCCGGAAUCGAUUCCAUUCGCCGAUGAACCAGCUCCACCGGUGAACAACUACCUACCGCCCGUCAUUGCAAACGAUCCGCUCGCCGAUGAGCCCGCGUUUCCUGCGUCCCCUCCACAGGCGGACUAUCUGCCCCCGUCGAAUGAUCCACCGCAGCGAGAUGAAGUGUUUGUAGUGUCCACGGUGUCUCCGGCAGAGCAGGGCUAUAGCUACAACGCACCGACAACGUCAACUACCUUCGCUCCGCUAGCGGAUGAAGGGUUCGAGGAGAGCCCAGACCAGGAGGGAGGCUAUCGGUACGACCCACCGGCAAACAUUUACAUCCCACCGUCAGCGGGCGGUGUUGGCCGAUCGCUUCGCGACGAUCCUGCCGGGGCGAGAGCUCCCAUAAGGCUGCAGUUGAAUGAGCUCGCCUGCUUGCGAAACGGUGGCGGUUACUUUCGUGCGUCCCUCACGGUGCAAAGCCCAAUUGAGAGUGUCCCCCUGGUGGACGUUGAGAACGAUGGCGGUGAUCUGAGCGGGUGCGAGGUACGGCUCGAUCAGUCGCGCCUGCUCGUCGAUAUAGCGUGGCCCGACUUUGGCCGGUGCGGCGUGACACCGUGCGGGCAGACGCCGGCGAGAGAGCUUUGCCUGCGGGUGCGCUUUCCCGCCAUUGCCGGUAUGCGCACGGCCAUCGAUCCGGUGCUGACGCUGCAGUGCCGCAUACAGCAGCGGAUCGUCGCCCGGACGCACUCGGUGCGGCUCGGGGUGGCGGAAGAUGCGCAGGCCCGGUCCGGCACGGGGACGGCCUUUGCAAUCGGGGGGUCGCAGCGCCCGUUUCGCUCGCAGCUGGGCAUCUUUCGGCGACAGGGUGGAGGAGGCGGCGGAUCGUUCACCCGAGCACUGCAGCCGGGCGGAGCGGUACUGCUCGGGGAGGAGUUGAUGCUGCGGACGCAGGUUUCGGCGGGAGAUGGAUGGAACUUUACGCGCCUUUCCGAGGUGGUAAUGCAGCGGCUGUCGCCAACCGGAACCGUACUCAACUCCGCGUCGCUCGUGAACGCGAACGGAUGCUUGAACCCGCUGAUGCGUGCCAUCAGCCCGGUUGCGCCCGUCUUUGAGGCACCGCUCGGCUACCGGUUGGGCUUUCGGGCGGCCAUGUUCCAGGGAAUGCGCAGCGGCGACGAGAUGAUCCUGCGCGUCCGGAUCGUCGGUUGCGUUGAUCGGCGAGAGUGUUUGGUGGAAAACUGUCAAACAACUGCCCGCACCAAACGUGAAACCGAAAGUCCCGUGCCCGAAGCAGCCCAAGGCACAAAUGCAACGACACCCGCAACAACAGCGACCACAACCACCGCGGCAACACCGCCACUGGCCGAGACGGCAUCGAUCGCCUUCCGAAUUAUGCUACCACCGGAGCUGGCCGCUUCCUCUACCGAUCCGCAGAACACACCAUCCGGCCACACAACGUCCCCCAUGUCACUGCUCUGGAUCACCGUCGGCACGACGUCGGCGGUCGUGCUGGCCAUCGGCGUGCUAGCGCUGGUGCUGGUCGCAUUGCGCCACCAUCGGCGUCCCAGUUACGAUGAGUAUCGGUCGGAUUAG